AUGUCUGCCGCUCAAGAUGAGGAACAAGUAUCAUUGAAACUUGUGAUUAACAAAGAGACUAACAAAGUCUUAUUUGCUGAGGCAGAGAAGGACUUUGUGGAUGUUCUCUGCAGCUUCUUAACACUUCCAUUAGGGACCAUUGCAAGACUUGUGGGGCAGUCAACCAAUAUUGGUUGUCUAAACUCACUCUAUCAAAGUGUGGCUAAUCUUGAGGUGAAGCAUUUAUCCACAGCUACAUGCAAAGAAAUGCUAUUGCGGCCAAGGAACACAUCGGAAGAUUUCUGUAGAACCUUGAAACUUAACAUUGAUGACACUGAGCCCACAAAGUACUUCAUGUUUCGCAGCUUUUUCUGUCGUUUGGAUGACUGCGAGUCUUGUUAUUGCUUGAGCACUUUCAAAAGUAUAAGAUGCCCAUGUGGGAAACUUUUGCACCGUUCAGUUUUACUGAAAAGUUCCAAUGUCAACUGUGAUGGAUUUGUUCAGCGUGGUGCCACUUUUAUCAUCACUGAUGAUCUCAUAAUCAGGCCAAACUCAAUGGAAACAAGCUUUGGUGUGAUCCAGAAUUUUGAAAUUAAAAACACAAGUUCAGUCAAGCAAAUUACUGUCAAUGUCACUAAGGAAAAGGUUUUGCUCUGCAGUUGA